AGCAGAUACUCCGGCGAGUUGUCACCCUUGCACACACACACAAGUACGCAAUGCCGGCCGCCACGGUCGUCGUCGCGGGAACCAACGGCGACAACGAGGAGGUCGUCCACGACUUCUCCCCGCUCCUCCUGGUGUACAGGAGCGGGCGCCUCGAGCGGCCCCUCAUCAUGCCGUUCGACUCGCCCGGCCACGACGCCGCCACAGGCGUCGAGUCCAAGGACGUGCCCCUCUCGCCCUCCACCUUCGUGCGGCUGUACCUCCCUCCCGAAGCCAGAGCCAGCUCAGACGGCGACGUCGACGACGACGGUGACAAGAAGAAGGCCGGCGGCAAGCUCCCCGUGGUCGUCUACUUCCACGGCGGCGGCUUCGUGAUGGGUUCAGCGGGCUCCUGCGUGUACCACCGCUUCGUGAACGACCUCGUCGCCGCAUGCCCCGCGUUGGCCGUCUCCGUCGACUACCGCCUCGCGCCGGAGCACAUGCUCCCCGCCGCGUACGAGGACUCCCUCGCGGCUCUCAAGUGGGUGCUCUCGGCCACGGACACGUGGCUGGCCACGCACGGCGACCUCGGCCGCGUGUUCCUGGUCGGCGACAGCGCCGGCGGCAACAUCUGCCACCACCUCGCCAUGCACCCGGACGUCAAGGGCGCAGGCGCAGGCGCGGGAGCGGGCCUGAAGGGCAUCGUGCUCAUCCACCCGUGGUUCUGGGGCAAGGAGCCCAUCGGCGGGGAGCAGGAGCACAGGAGGCCCCGGCCCCGGCCCCGGGCGAAGCGCGCGGACGACGCGGAGGAGGGCCGCGGGAGGAAGAAGCACCUGUGGGAGUUCGUGUGCCCCGGCGCGGUCGACGGCGUGGACGACCCGCGGAUGAACCCGACGGCGCCCGGCGCGCCGGCGCUGGAGAGCCUGGCGUGCGAGAAGGUGAUGGUGUGCGUGGCCGAGGGUGACCACCUGCGGUGGCGCGGUAAGGCGUACGCCGACGCCGUGGCGCGGGCGAAGAAGAAGGGUGGCGAGCCGCCGCCGCCGCCGGCUGUGGCGGCACGAGCUGAGGUUCUGGCCGAUACGGCGGUGGUGGCGUGCGUGAAGGGCGGCGGCCAGCCGGCGGCGGUGGACGUGCUGGAGUCGGAGGGGGUCGGCCACGUCUUCUUUCUGCUGGAUCCCGAGAUGGAGGAGGCCAAGGAGCUCCUCCGCAGGAUCGCGGCGUUUGUCCGUGCGAAGUGAACCAGCUUCGAGCAGGAGCGAAGAUGCAUGCAUUGCAUCCACGCCGGCACGCCGCGGUGAUCUGUUGGUCUGCCGGAGCGCCGCGUGCAGCUAGCAGCCGAUGGAGCAUGCAGCAGUGCAUGUACGUAACGUUAUUACGUUAAUAGAGACGGGCAUGUGUGUGUACUAGUCUUAUCUAAAAAUGUGUGUGUACUAGCUAGUAGUCUUUUUUUUUUUCAUGUUUGCGUACCCGUGUAUCGUAGCAGGAGUUGUUGGUCCGACACUUGAAUGUAACAGCGUGGUACGUGUCAUAUGAUGUGGGGAACCGUGAAGGUGAAUGCCACGCGCGCCCUGCCCUGAAUUCCAUGGUUUGCUGCUUGCUUUCA